AUGUCAUCUGGCGGUGACACUCACGGGGAGGGGGGACCCAGGAGGGUGCUUAUAUGCUUGAUGCGAUUGGAUCUUCGAGUCAAUGACAACGCGUUGUUCCACUAGUGAGUCAUCGCAUGCCUAGCAGUCAUUUUGCACAAUGCCAACGAUACCGUGUCAUUGCGAUCCAGGGCGUGCUUGUCCGCCGUACUAAUACAUUCACCCUUGCCCCAUUCGCGCCUGCCUUGCACGCCCGACAGUGCACACAUGACGGAACCUCUUCCUGGACCCGCAGCCGAAAGGCCUCCUACCAAACUCAAUCAAGACGUUCUCGCAGGAUCAGCGUUGUUCAGCCGUGCAGAUUACCUGAUGCCAUUGUACGUCUUCGACGAGCGUAUUAUAGAACUCAGCGGCCUGCCUGGAUAUGAGCGGAAUGGACCAGAGGCAAGAACGAAGAACUACGGCUUUUGGAAGACUGGAGGGUUCCGUGCUAGAUUCAUCGCAGAAGCUGUCUAUGAUCUACGGUCCCGUCUUCGCGCCGCUGGCUCUGACUUGGUCAUCCGCUUUGGAUUCCCAGAGGUGGUAGUUGAGAACUUCGUCAAAGCCUUCCAGGCUAGGGGCGAUGAGGUCGAGGGCGUAUGGUUGCAAAAGGAGGUGACGCACGACGAGGAACAGUUGGAGACGCAGCUUCAAGAACGCUUGCAAGGUCUCAACGUGCCGAUGCGCUUCGUCCACGGCAAGACGUUGGUCCACCCAGCCGAUCUGCCGUUCGACAUCAGCGAGACGCCCGACGUGUUCACGCCGUACCGCAAGCGCGUCGAAGAGAUGAAGGCAGCUAUGGUUCGGCCCACCCUUCGACCACCUGAACGGUUCAAGCCGCUUCCGCCCGCCCUUCCCGAGACCCCCGAUUAUUCUCUCGAUGUAUCGUACGAGGUUGACGUUGAUGGCCUUCUUGCUCGUCCGCCAGAGGAUCAAGCACAGACGGAAAGUCAAGUCUCUUUUCUCGACAUUCUCAGCUAUUUGUUGGCCCCCCUCAGCGACUCUCCAACCAUUCUGAGCGCCGGCAAACCGAUCGCCUCUCGUCAGCUUCUUCAACAACGGCACCCCGCUUCGGCGUUUCCAAAUCGUGGAGGCGAAAGCUCCGCCCUAGAGCGAUUAGAGUGGUACUUUAUCAGGGGCAAGAGCGCCGACUCGAGUAGAUGGGGACGCGCGGAUCCCCCUCCGGUCGCGCGAUACAAGCAAACGCGCAACAACCUCGUUGGCCACGCGUACUCGACCAAGAUGUCCCCCUUCUUGGCUUACGGUUCAAUCUCACCGCGGCAGAUAUGGGAGGCUUUGGACAUCCACGAGCGUCAAUUUGGUGAAGAUCGCAACACGUACUGGGUGCGCUUCGAGCUGCUUUGGCGGGACUACUUUUUCUGCGUCAGCGAAAAGUAUGGUGACCUUCUCUUCAAGCUCGAAGGGUUCGAGGGCGCGACAGAUCCCCGGCAAGCUGAGAAGAAGCUCCAACCGGGUUGGUGGAAGAUGUGGGAUCCGGUCAAGGAUGGUCGCGAGAAUCCCGUUAGUCGAUUGCUUGAGGGCCGUACGGGUAUACCUUUCAUCGAUGCCAACAUCACAGAGCUCCGAGAAAGCGGGUUCAUGUCGAAUAGAGGCCGUCAGAACGUGGCCUCCUUCUUGACGAAGGAUCUCGGUUACGACUGGCGUAUUGGGGCCGAGUUCUACCAAGGUGAACUGAUAGAUUAUGAUGCGACCAGUAAUUACGGUAACUGGCAGUACGUCGCAGGCGUCGGCAACGAUCCUCGAGCCUCCAGGCAAUUCAACAUCAUCAAGCAAGCAAAAGAUUACGAUUCGCACGGAGAGUUCGUGAAGUUGUGGUUGCCCGCGUUGCGCAAUUUGCAUCCGGACUUCGUGCACACUCCUUGGCUACUGAAUGAAGACGAAAAGCGGUCUUAUGGUCUCAAAUCCACUAUCAUGGACAUAUCCUACGAUUCGUAUCCAGGCCAGCCCAUGGUAGAGGAGGAAACGUGGCGCAAGCAUUAUGAACGAAAGGAAGGUGUAGGAUCCAAAAUGUUUGGAAACCCCCAGGAGAAGGUGAAGGAUGGAAAGGUGAAACGGAAUGGCAAGCGCACAAUGCCAACCUAUCCAAGAGGCUUGACGGCUCCAGGAUCCAGUGGGGCACCAGCGCUGAAGCUCGGACCAAGCGGCACCGGCGCGAUCGGCGCCCAGCACGGUGCACAUCGUCCACCGCCCGGGGCAGCACUGCCAGCUCCGCGCCGGUAUCCUCUGGCCGGAAGUGCUGCUUUUGCGAAUGCAUCGUCGACGAGAUCGGCCUCUCCCUUUGACGGUAGUCACCAUAGUAGCGCAUCCAGUGGCUCUGGUGGCUUGCAGUCGCGCUACCAAACGCCUGCUCCUUCUUACCCCCCUGGGUACCGUAGCGUGGGACACGGCCUCGUUCCAGGAGCCGGGCAGGGUACACCGCUCUCGUCCCAGCAACAGCAGCAAAUCGCCAACUCAGCGCUGGGAGCCGGUCCUGGCACAGCUCUGCCUAAUUAUCCGGUCUCACGCUCUUCCGCACUCCCACCUCACGGGCGGAGCGGCGGUGAUCGGUGCUCAGGCUCGUUCGGAGCUUCGGAUGUUGCUGGUCUAAAUUCGUUCCGCAACGUCCACAUCGGUGGUGCUGCACACGCAGGUAGUGGCGAUCAGGGUUUUGCUCUUCCCCAUGGACAGCGCUUUGGAGGCGGAUCGAGCGAAAACAGCCAUAUGGCCGCUGCUGCGUUGCAAGGGUCAGGACUGCCUGCGACUCCUCCAUACGGGUCCAACGGAUCGAGGCAAAGUGGUGCACCACGCAACUUUGCGGAAGGGCAAGUCCAGCCUCAAGGACCACCACCGCCAAAACCAGCUGACACGUCGACAUCCUGGCGUCGUGGGGCUCCGAAAUAG